AGAUCUGGGUUGCGUCAGCCACUGCGGGGCAUAGGGGUUGCCAUGUCACCAGGCUGGACCCCUCAAUCCAUGCGCAUACCACAUUUCAUCUCUUGACGUCUUUUCAGACUGACACCAGACCUGGGCCGACAACGCAACAUGCCGUUGAAUAUUUUAGAUCUUCCCAGCGAGCUCCUCGACCGCAUCGUCGGACUUGUAUUGACGCAUCGGGAUUCCCCGCCCUCGACUAGCGAUCGACUUCAUACAUUUGGAGAUCGGAUCUUAGUGUUACGACCGCUUCCCACUGGAAGGAACGAUUAUGACAAAUCAUACGGUUAUGGUAAUGUCAAAUACUACGCAAAUCAAGAGCCACUUUACCACAAUUGGACAUCUGCUUCGGCCAGCCUCCUUCUUGUUAAUCGCCAGUUGGCUGAAGUCACACGAUGGAGACUGGGACAACUCUCCAAAUCCAGCCAUUAUGCUCUUGACGUGAUGCUCGUGAACGAAAUGGAGCUUUGGCCGACGUGGACCUUUCUCACACCCCCGUGUGAACAGGUCGACACACUUACAGCGACCUUUCGUAUCACUGGCACCAGCCCAACACUAGACGGCCGAAAGUUUCGGUUUACCUCAGGCCAGGAUGAGCCACCGCGAAUCAUCUGGUGUUUCUUUCAUCUCCUCGAGACAUUUGUCGAAUGUGGUCCCCUUGCGGAGCACCGGCAAUCCGAGCCACAGGCCGAAAGUCGAGACCGGUUUACCAUCAAAAAUCUGACACUGGACUUCAAGACACCUACUGGAUUGAUGGCCCCUUCGAGCUUAGAAUAUGAUAACUGGCUAGAAGGCCACGGCAACAAGGACCCUCGUACCUCAUAUACGUGGCCAUACAACACAGUCGAGACGCUUAUGAUGCGACCCGAGUGGCUGGUCAGCCUCAUCAGCGAUUACAUUGGGUACUCGCUGGACAUGAACAUGUUCUCGCAUAACUUUGGAAAAUUCUUGAUGGAACACGUUGGCAAUAUCCGGAUCUGUCUAGAUGGGUCUCUGGUCAAAAUGCAUUCCGUCGAGCACCGCAUUAAGGAACAUUAUGACAGAAUGAUAGCCAGGUAUACCAAAUUCCCCCUGAAGAUGGCUUGUUAUAGGUUUCAUUUGAUGAUUGAGAAGAGGAAGAAAGGCGGACUUUCGGUCACUGAACAGUAUCGUGUUUGAUGUAUCUUUACUCCAGCCGGUUGGCUCUUGGAAUUUGGCGCAGUUGUCUUUAUGCGAUUUUCGGUCAGAGAUCUGAAAGACUCUUAGAUCACCCAAUUCAAACAGGCGAUUAGGCU